CACCAGGAGGAAGGGAGUGUAGUGACCCUGUCCUCUGCUCAAGUUGGUGUUGUGCACCCCACAUUCAGACUUAUUUAACAACAUGGAGCGAUAAGUCAUCAUUUGUGGAUAAAACCCGCUUAAGGGACGCUGCCCGGCCACACAGCCAUGUCGGUAACCCGCUGUGUGUACCUGCUGUCCCGGCUCCACCGGCGCCUCAGCCCCCUGGCUCCCCGCAGUGCUGCCGCCUCGCCUGGCUGUCAGCUUUCAGGACCUGCUUUGUUGUUAAAACGUCAAGCUGCUUCACCGGAGUCGUGCAGGAGUGUUUCGUCCAACAGUUCCUCUCCAAAACCCCCCGACACCUCUCUGUUUGUCCCCCUGCCUGUGAAGAGUGAUGCCGCUGUGGACGGGGCCGUCGGAGCGGAGCUGUCCCAGCCUCUGGACAAGAGCGAGCUCCUCAAAGUUCUCAACCGCUUUUACAAAAGGAAGGAGAUGCAAAAGCUGGCAGCAGACCACGGCCUGGAUGCUCGUCUGUUCCACCAGGCCUUCAUCAGCUUCAGGAAGCACGUACUGGAGAUGACAUCACUCAGCGCUGACCUGCACAUCAUCCUCAGUGACAUCUGCUGUGGAGCAGGUCACAUUGAUGACAUCUACCCAUACUUUAUGCGUCAUGCCAAGCAAAUCUUCCCCAUGCUCGACUGCAUGGACGACCUGAGGAAGAUCUCAGACCUCAGGGUGCCUGCAAACUGGUACCCCGAGGCUCGUGCCAUCCAGAGGAAGGUGAUUUUUCAUGCUGGCCCCACUAACAGCGGUAAAACUUACCAUGCCAUCCAGCGCUAUCUGGCUGCCAAGUCUGGGGUCUACUGUGGGCCGCUGAAACUCCUGGCCCACGAAAUUUUUGAGAAGAGCAACAAUGCGAAUGUGCCAUGUGACUUGGUAACAGGAGAGGAGAGGACGUUCGUGGACCCAGACGGCCGAGCAGCCGGUCAUGUGUCCUGUACCAUUGAAAUGUGUAGUGUCACAACACCUUAUGAGGUGGCUGUUAUUGAUGAGAUUCAGAUGAUCAGAGACCCUGCCAGAGGCUGGGCCUGGACCAGAGCAUUGCUAGGCCUGUGUGCAGAGGAGAUCCAUGUCUGUGGGGAACCAGCCGCCAUAAACUUCAUCAGAGAACUGAUGUACUCCACAGGAGAGGAGGUGGAGGUCAACACCUACCAGCGCUUGACUCCGUUCUCAAUCUUGGACCAUGCCGUGGAGUCAAUCGACAACCUGAGACCAGGAGACUGCAUCGUCUGUUUCAGCAAAAACGACAUCUACUCCAUUAGCCGACAGAUUGAAGCUAAAGGAGUAGAAUGUGCUGUAAUUUAUGGCAGCUUACCACCAGGUACGAAGUUGUCUCAGGCUAAGAAGUUUAAUGACCCUGAUGACCCCUGUAAGAUCCUUGUUGCCACAGAUGCAAUUGGCAUGGGCCUUAACCUGAGUAUAAAACGGAUUAUCUUCAACAGUCUGGUGAAGCCCAGUGUCAACGAGAAGGGGGAGAAACAGAUGGACACCAUCACCACAUCACAGGCUCUGCAGAUAGCAGGCCGAGCAGGAAGGUUCUCUUCCAAAUUUAAAGAAGGAGAGGUGACCACCAUGCACAGAGAUGAUCUGCCUGUCCUAAAGGACAUUCUCAGCCACACAGUGGAACCCAUAGAGACUGCAGGUCUCCAUCCUACUGCAGAACAGAUAGAGAUGUUUGCUUAUCAUCUACCUGAAGCAACUCUGUCCAACCUUGUAGACAUAUUUGUCAGUCUCUCCCAGGUGGAUGGUCUGUAUUUUGUCUGCAACAUCGAUGACUUUAAGUUUCUGGCUGAUAUGAUUCAGCAUAUCCCACUCAACCUGCGGUCACGCUAUGUUUUCUGUACUGCUCCCAUCAACAAGAAACAGCCUUUUGUAUGCACCUCUUUCCUAAAGUUUGCCCGUCAGUUCAGUCGAGAUGAGCCACUGACGUUUGACUGGGUCUGUCGCCACAUCAACUGGCCCCUGGCUCCGCCCAAAAACAUUAAAGACCUCGUCCACUUGGAAGCUGUUCAUGAUGUGUUGGACCUGUACCUCUGGUUAAGCUACCGUUUCAUGGACAUGUUCCCAGACACCUCUUUGGUUCGGGAGAUCCAACGGGAGCUCGAUGACAUCAUUCAAGAGGGUGUCCGAAAUAUCACUCGUCUCAUCAGAGCCACCGACACGGCAACCUCUGACUCACUGCAGAUGAAAAGCAACAACCACAGCCCAACAGCAUCUAGUGGCAUCAGCAGCAGAGGUCCAAGGGGACAAAGAGGAGGGCCAAAGGAGAUGAUGGACAGUUCUCUAGCCAAUCGCCUGGUGCGGGACGGGCUGCUGACCCCUGAUUUGCUUCGGCAGUUGCAAAGGGAGUGGUCCAAAGAGCAGACUAAUCACCCCACUAAUCAUAGCGCACUAGCUACAGGAGGUCACAAUAACCACAAAGGGAAGAGGAAAAAUAAGAAGAAAUGAAGAGGAAAACAGUCAUAAUGGAUGUUGCACAUGCUCAGUGCUGUUCCCAUGGAGGAGAUUAAUUGGACUUCAUAGCUAUAAAAACCUUUCCCCAUUUUCCCAAUCGGUAACAUUGGUUUCCUGAAAAAACAAAUGUGUUAAAUGGUCCAAUGGGCAUUUCCCAGCACAUAGAGGACCCUAGCAAAGUUUCAGCUCAAGCUAAAAAAGAAACACACCAAAAUGGGGAUUUUAGCACAAGAGCAGUGAUUGGUUAUGUCCGUGUGAUCUGGCCUAGAUUGAGAUCACUGUCGGUGUAUGUGACAACCUACUAGCCACUGUAGCUGGUGGUAGACAAUCAUACUGGAUAAGGUAGCUUCUCCUACUUUCAUACAAACUGCUUGCUACAUUCAGUCAGUGAGGGCUUCUCUUAUAGCCCUGGUGAUGUAGCAGGUACCUGAUAGGAGAUUGACAGGGCGUAUAAAGCACUCCUGACUAAAAUCAACUUGAAACCAUAAAAAAGUGGCUGCUGUCAGUGCUGAACUCGCCAGCAAAAGGCGCUGUGCAAGUUCCUCUUAUGUUACAGGAACAGAUCCAUUGUCAUCGGUUAUUUUGGGAGGCAGCAUGUCCUGACUGAGCUCCCACUACCCCAUUGUUACACUUUCAUGUGGUGCAUAUUAUGGACAUGCAGCAGUAUCUACUAUGUACUACUAAUGUUUGAAUGGAGAGUUGCAGGGUGGUCCAUGACAAAAAAUUGUCAUGUACCAUCUGUAUAUACUGUGGAGGGCGCGGUUUCAUUUUCUUACAGUUCGCUUACUCUGGGAAGUGGACUUUAAUGUAAAAACUUCACAAUAGUGUGAGAAAGGCUUGUAUGCUCACCUCGUUUAGAUGAGCACUCACUUCAAAUGAUGAUCAAAUGAUCAUACUAAUUUCCAAUGAAUUGUGUUUUGUAUUUACACUGUUAAUGCAUUGAAUUGAGCCCAGCCCUAGUGAUGUCUAUAGGUUAUAUGACAUAUCUUUGCCAGUUGCUGGUUGUACAUUUAAAAUAAUGAUGACAUGAAGAGUGAAUAAAAAAGUAUGUUUU